AUGGACAAAGUUUUGGGAGUAUUGGAAGUCGAUUUGGAGAGCGAGCUGGACUCCUCGCCGCAGUUCAUCGUAAAUCAUUUCCAAAUUGAAAUUAAUAAGGUAUUGAAACUUGGACGGAACACUGAGGAGUGUAUUUACUCUGUUGAACAUCCUUCUGUUUCGAACAUUCACUGUGUGCUAUGGGGCAUCAGAUUUGAUCCCGAGAGCGUUCCACUUUGCUACAUAAAGGAUAUGUCAUUGAAUGGGACGAUGGUCAAUGAGCAGGUCUUAUCCAGAGACGUCCCAUACUUGUUAUCCAACCAAGACGUGAUUCAAUUACCAAACGGGGCAAAAUUUAAGUUCUCUGCAGUGAAAAGCGAAACGAUGUCACAGUUUAUGACUGGGUUGAGAAUUAAAUCGGAAUGGGAUCGAUGGAAAAUUGUGCCGCGUAUAGUGGGCUCAGGAACUUUUGGACAUGUCUUGGUAGCAGAAAAAGUGGACCACAAUAUGAAAAGACAAGUUGCUAAAAAGACUGUUUCAUAUGCUGUAAAAGUUAUCAACACUGCAAAGACUAGGAUGGUGAAAGAAGCCACCAUUCUUGAAAAAUUGAAUCAUCCAAAUAUUAUUCGUAUUCAUCAAUCUUGUGUUGAUGCCCUUGGCAAUGUAUACAUUUUUCAGGAUCUUAUAUCGGGAGGUGAUCUCUUCUCUUAUUUGGCAAAAGGCGAUUGCUUAGUUCCGAUUUCUGAAACAGAAUCGUUGAUAAUCAUAUAUCAGAUUCUCUUAGCUUUGAAGUUCUUACAUUCAAACGGCAUCGUUCACAGGGAUUUGAAGUUGGACAAUAUCCUCUUGCAUACCCCAGAACCAUGUACUAAGGUUGUUCUUGCAGAUUUUGGUAUUGCAAAAGAAUUAUCUCAAAAUACAAAAGAAAGAAUGCAUACUGUGGUCGGUACUCCGGAAUAUUGUGCACCAGAAGUGGGAUUCAAAGCCGAUCGUAAUAUUUAUCGAUCGUUCAGUAGAACUGCUACCUUAGAUCCAGACAACAACGGCUAUGAUUCCAAGUGCGAUAUUUGGUCCCUCGGCGUCAUAACACACAUCAUGCUCACUGGGAUUUCCCCUUUUUAUGGUGAUGGAUCUGAAGCAAGCAUCAUCAAAAAUGUUAGAACUGGAAAACUAAAUUUUACUGCUAGACAAUGGAUUGCUAUCACAGAUAGUGCCAAGAGUUUUGUUAAGAAAUGUCUACAAGUUUCUACUUUUAAUAGAUGUGAUGUGGAAGAAGCUUUACAUCAGGUUUGGGUGGAAAAACAUACUAGUCAAUUGGAAAGAAUAUACAAAAAGAAAGUUUUACAGUUAAGCUCUGAUUGCAUAAAAAUUGAUGAGAACAUUGAUACCUUUGCUGUUGUAAAACAUAAACUACCGAAAAGUGUCAAACUUUCCCCCGAAAAAAACCCUAACAAACGAUUGAAACUUUUUUCAAACAAUAUUUAA